UCGCCGCUGCCGCCGUCGCCGUCGCCGUCGCCGUAGCCAGCACCGUCGAAGGCCCUCGAGGCCAUUGCAAUUCGCGUACUCGCGUUGCCCGGAGUCAUGGCGUCCGGACGUUACUCUUCGUCUGCCGCAUUAUCCUCUUCCAUCGGACCGUUGCGCCCCGUCCGUCCCGACCUGGUGACUUUCACGGGGCUCACGAACAUGCGGGAGUCGGGAUGAUUAUUCGAUGCUAACGGACUCGACCCGCCAAUGAUACCUUGUACAGCUGCAUUGAUAUAUAUUAAAGAAAUCACAAAUUAAUGUUGUGACCAUGUCAAACGUAACAACUAUAAAAUUGGAGGGCAACCAGGAGUCAGUGACAGAAAUACAGACGUACCUUGAAUCGUUUAACAAAGAAAUUGAAGGUGGUCAAGGGGAACAGUUACAGCAUGUACAAUUACAACAAGUAGAAGGACUUACGGGAGAAGAUGGUGGAACAUAUUUUGUUGAUCAAACAGGCCAGUAUUAUUAUCAAGCUAACGGAGAUGACACACCUGUUUUAACUCAGGUACAGAUACAAGAAGUAAGCGAAGGCGAUGGGCAAAUUGAAGAAGCUAGUAAUGAAAAUCAAUAUCAAGAAAUUGAAGAGCUCGAACAAGUUGAUGCAGAAAAUCAUGUACAAACAACGGAGAACAUUGGUAAUCAAAUGGUCCUCAAUUCAGGUGAAGCUUAUCAAACAGUAACGAUCGUGCCAUCGGACUCAAAUCCUGGAGAAGUAAGUUACGUAUUAAUAGUACAACAACCAGAGGCUGAGAGUAAAACUGAGAACAAGACGGAAAAUGAGAAUGGUGAAGGUGAAGACGGUGAACAGGACUUAACAGUGUAUGACUUUGAGGAUAACGAGGAUAAUGAGGCAGCCGUAGAAUCCGAAGUUGAGGAUGAUAAAACGAAAAUCAUUAAAUUCAUCCCUAAGAAAUCACAGACUGUCACUCAAGCCCACAUGUGUAACUAUUGCAACUAUACAAGCCCCAAACGUUACCUAUUAUCUCGACACAUGAAGUCACACUCGGAAGAGAGACCUCAUAAGUGCAGUGUUUGUGAAAGAGGCUUCAAAACUUUAGCUUCGCUCCAAAAUCAUGUCAAUACCCAUACAGGAACUAAGCCCCAUCAUUGUAAAUUUUGUGACAGUGCAUUCACUACUUCAGGCGAGCUUGUGAGACAUGUUAGAUAUAGACAUACUCAUGAAAAACCUCACAAGUGCCACGAGUGUGAUUAUGCAUCUGUUGAGUUGUCGAAGCUCAAACGACAUAUAAGAUGUCACACUGGAGAACGGCCAUAUCAAUGCCCACAUUGUACAUAUGCGAGUCCUGAUACAUUUAAAUUAAAACGUCAUUUACGUAUACACACUGGUGAAAAACCGUACGAAUGUGAUAUUUGCAAUGCAAGAUUUACUCAAUCCAAUAGUUUGAAGGCGCAUAAGCUUGUCCAUAAUGUUGGAGAUAAACCGGUGUUUCAAUGUGAACUAUGUCCAACAACGUGCGGCAGAAAAACAGAUCUAAGAAUUCAUGUACAAAAAUUACAUACUUCUGAUAAGCCAUUAAAGUGUAAACGAUGUGGUAAAACAUUCCCUGAUAGGUACAGUUAUAAAUUGCACAGUAAAACACACGAAGGCGAAAAAUGUUACAAGUGCGAUCUAUGUCCUUACGCUUCGAUAUCAGCGCGUCAUUUAGAAAGUCACAUGCUCAUUCACACGGAUCAAAAGCCUUAUCAGUGUGACCAUUGUUACCAGUCCUUCAGGCAAAAACAACUCUUAAAGAGACAUUGCAAUCUUUAUCAUAAUCCCUCUUAUGUUCCGCCGGCACCACAAGAGAAGACUCACCAAUGUCCAGAAUGUGAAAGACCAUUUAGGCACAAAGGAAAUCUUAUUCGUCACAUGGCUGUUCACGAUCCCGAAUCAUCGUUGCAAGAAAAACAACAGGCCCUUAAAAUAGGAAGACAAAAGAAAAUUCAGAUCAUCGAUGGACAAAGAGUGGAGAUAAUGACAGGUGAUAUAGCUUCUAAACUUAAAGGUUAUGAUGAAGACGAUGAAGAGGAGGAGGAAGAGGAGGAGGAAGAGGAAGAGGAGGAAGAGGAGGAAGACAUGAUGGCUGUCGAAGGAAGCGAUGGACAACAGUACGUUGUUCUAGAAGUUAUUCAACUACCGGAUAACCAAUCAUCGGAACAAAUGGCAGUUGUAGCAAGCGAAGAUGGAGAUCUCGUAAUGCAGGAUCCACUUAGUCAGGAAAGUGGCAUUGUUACUGAAGGUGGAGAUGAAUUGAUAGAACAAGAAGAAGCUGAAGAAAUCGUAGGAACAUUAAAACUCGAAGUACCGAUUAAUAAAAAUACACAUGCAAGUGAUUCCAAACUACAAAAAGACAUGGAAACGUGUUUUGGGUUUGACGAGGAAGAAGACGAAGAGGAAAGUGGAGAUAUACCAAUACUACAAGGUAUUUCGUAAUGACAACAUUGCUGAAAGAAUAGUACCUUUGUGUAAUAGUUAAAUAAUUUUCACUUUAAUGAAAUAUGUGUUUGGUGAUUUUAAGGAGAACUGUCAAAGAAUUAAAAGUCUUAUGAUUAUUGGCUGAAUUAUUUUCUUUUUUUUUCUUUUUUUUUCUUUUUUUUCCCCUGAAGAAU